AUGUCUGCUGAUAGUCUUGCCAAGGUUGAAGCCGCUCAACAGGCCGUCUUGAAGAAGACUCAUGGAGGCAAGGCGGGAGCCCAGUUCGUUCAAGAGGUCAAGGAGUCUCUUCUUUUCCAGUACAACUGGAAUGAGCUUCUUUCCGCAGCUCCAACUGCCAUUACGUUGGUUGGCGCUUGCCAUGUCGCCGCGGCUUCGCCCGAAGCCGCAGCUAUCAGCUUGGGCGACGCUGUCCCAGCUGGAGGAUUUAAGUAUUUGCGUGUUGCCGCCAAACCAACUCUCAGAGCAUGCCUGGUAUUUGUUGCCGGGGAAGGCGACAAGGCAUUUCGCAUUGCGGGAAGCAACAUGUCAGCCAUUGCCGGCACGUCUUCUGAGCUCAUAGAGACCGUCACUCGCACUGUUAAAGCCAUCCAGGGCCUCCCGGACACUCAGCGCAACUUGACGAACGAGCUUGUAAAGUUGCGAAGGAUGUCCAACAAUUGCCUCAACUACGCCCAGGACACCGAAAAGGCCUUUGAUACAUGGCUUCUGGCUGUUUCCGAGUUUCACCAGGCCUCUGUUCAGAAGCACGGUACCACUGAGAAGGAGUCGCAAGACAAUCUAUCCGCUAAGUUACAGGCUGAGAUCGAGGCAAGCUACACGAACAAGGAACUCGAGAAGGCCGACAAGGCAUCUGAAGAGAUGAAGAAGUCGCUUGCCAAGCAGGAGAAGGCAUUUCAAGCCGCCAACGACGCUGUGCCAUCUGCUUGGGAGACCUGCGCUAUGGGUGCUUUGAAUGCCAUUGCUUCGGCAGGACCAUCGCUUGUAGCCCAGGCGCUACCUGCGAUUAUCAAUGCCGCGAAUCCUAUGUCUGCAGUCAAUGGAGUUGUAGGCGGACUCGCUCAAGUUGGUCGCCAGGGCGCGCUCAACGCUCCGGGUGCGCCACCCAUUGCCCAAGCUCUUCUCGGAGGCCAGCAAGGCGCUCAGCCUGGCGGUGCGACCCUCCAAUUCAACGACGCAACUCCCGAGACUGAUCCUGCAUAUGUCGCGGCCCCUCUUCUUGCUCCCUUUAUGACUACACUCUUGACCUAUCUUACUGCGGGUGAGGGCCGCACCCCCGACUGGUCAAAGUUCAAGGAUCAGGCGUCUAAGAACGGAGCCGGUACCGAGGGUCUUACUUGGCUCCUCAGCAACCUCCAGAUGCAACAGAGGUCUGCAAAGUUGGGUACUGGUGCACCCAGCACGGAGCUUGCCGCUGCCUUUGAAUCUAGUAUUGCUAUCGUCGAGGAUAUCAAGAAGGAGGUCGCCAAUCAGCAAAAGCUCAGCUCCGCAAAGACGGACCCAGCCUCCAUCAAGAAGUGGCAAGAUGCCAUUACCCAGGCGAAGCUCACUGUCACAAAGCUCGAGGCCACAGCAAAAUCGUUCCCGGGCUCCUCCUCGAAUGCGCCGAAGUUGAAUAACAUCUCUGUGGAUAAGAAGGACAAUAGCGCCAUCACUGCCGCCCUGAGUACUGCCACCGAGAAGCUUGCCCUCAAUCAAAAGGCCCUAGAGACGGCCCAAGCAAACUACACGAACGCCGUAGCAGCUGCCGCAGAGGUUCAGAAGAGGCUGACUGGCAUUCAGACUAAGCUCAAGGGCAUCGAGAUUGCCGGCGCAGCCCUUGAACGCGUCAAAGAGAUCUUGAUUGAGUGCAUUGCCAUUCUGGUUGAGCUCAAGGUCCAGAUCAGCAAGCUCACUACCUUCUUCAAUGCUCUCUCUACCAUGGUUAAAGUCAUCAUUGAGACCAAGGUCAAGAACUUUGACACCGAUGUCACAGCUAUCGGCCAGGAGGCGUCGCAGAGGGGUAUCCUGAAGCUCAAUGAUCUCGAUAUCGAGACCAUCUACAUCUCAACCCUGCAGAUCAAGGCGUACUUUGAUCUUCUGCAGAUGAUCUGCCAGAUGUAUACCAAUGUGCAUGCCAAAUACGUCAAUCCGGGCCUUGACCUUCUCACGGAACUAAGCAAGGUCACAAAGACUGCUGAGGAGAUCGCUCCCAAGCGCGACCAGCUUAAUAACUUCACAGAUGCUGCUAAUAAGGCUAUAAACGAGCUUGUUGCUCAGAAGCAGCAGGAAAUCUCCGACGGCCUUCAAUCCCGCAUCGAUGCAAUCGCAGAGCAAACUGACAUUUUACACAAGGUCGGCGUUCCCAUGCCUGCGGCUGGCAUCAUCCAGGCUAUGAGGACUGGCGGUGAGGUGAUCAAGGAUGCGGUCAAGGACAAUCUGCCCAGCGGUAUGCGUGUGGAGCAGAACGUAGAUGCUGCGUCUGACAUUUGA